AGAUUUCUCAGGAGGUGAAACUCUUUAGCAGUACUACUUGACAUCUGCACACAGUCUUCAUUGACAUUUCCGCUGGCAACAAGAUGGGUUGUUAAAUCCCGCCAUAAAAGAUUUUUGUUUGCCCUCCCAGAUGUGUGACAGUGAAAGAGAAUCCAGGAACCAAGUAAUAAAUGCUGCCAGGGCUGUCGGACUUUAGGGAAAUCCAGGCAAGCUUCAGGUUGCUGCUCGAUGUGGGCAUUGCAACAUGGCACUGGUGCCUACUAAUGUGCAGGUGCCCAGGGAGAAGCUGAUGUGUGCCAUCUGUUUGGAUGUGUUCAAAAGCCCGGUCACCAUUCCAUGUGGCCACAAUUUUUGCCUGGAAUGCAUUGGGCGGUUCUGGGAUGAGCAGUUCAACAUGAGGGCCUCCAGCUGCCCCCAGUGUAGGGAAAGCUUCGUCCCCAGGCCCACCCUCCACAGGAACAUCAUGCUCUGCGACAUCGUAGAUGAAUUUCUCAAGUCGGGGGCUGAGGCUGGUGCAACCCAGGCUCCGGUGGGACCCGGGGAUGUGCCCUGUGAUUUCUGCCGCGAUGCCCAGCUGCGGGCUGCUAAGUCGUGCCUGAUGUGCCUGGCAUCGUACUGCGAGGAUCACCUGAAGCCGCACCGGGAUAACCCAGCCUUCCAGGAUCACCCCCUGACCGAGCCGGCUCGCGACAUUAAGGAGCGAAAGUGCAAGACCCACAGGAAACACCUGGAGCUCUUCUGUAGGAAUGACCAGACUUUUAUUUGCUGUGUCUGUAUGACCAAUGAGCACCGCACACACCAGGUGGUUACGCUGGAGGAAGAGGUGCAGAGCAGAAAGAAAGAGCUUUAUCUCGUGGACCUUGAGACAGAGAAGCAGCUACAGGUCACACUGCUGGAGAUUGGGACCCUACAGGAAAGCAUGGACUCGAUCACGAGAACGGCACAACAGGUGGAAUUGGAAAUCACCAACAAAUUUUCUGCGAUGACGGAAGCGAUUGAGGAGGCCCUGAAAGUGGUGAUUCGUUUAAUUGGGCGGGAACAGCAAACAGUCCUGAACCAGGGGACCUGCAUCAGGACUCAGCUGGAGCAGAGAUGUAGAGAGCUGCGCGAAAAGAAACUGCAGUUGGAGAUUCUAGCCAAUAAGAGCGACAAUUUCAAAUUUGUGCAGGAGUCCCUUUGUUUCAGCUCCUCCUCUCAGGUCUCUGACGUCCCGAAGUUAAAGUCUGACCUACGUUUCAAACUGGCACGUGCCAGCGAAGCUGCCACUGAACUUUCUGCCCAGGUGAAGGAGUGCCUACGUCGAGCUAUGAAACGCAAACUGAAGAGCACAGAGGUCAGAGGCAGUGAGAAAACUGCUCGACUAUCGGAUGUGUCUCCACGAACCUCUCUGCUUCCCCCAGAAGCCAAGAUUCGGAAAGAGCUUAGACGAUUUCAGCCACCAUUGGAUGGCGUUGCUGCUCCUCCACAGAACGCCUCCCCGGCUGGUUCCUCCAGGAGGCGCUGCAGACUCCUUGAAGCUGACUUUUGAUCCAAACAGAAUAAAUGAAUACUCCCACCUGGUCCAGUUGGGUACAGAGAGAAUGUAACUAAAACUGAAGACUUGGCACAGUCAGGAGUAGCUGCUGACUUUGGAGAAUUUCUGACCAAUUGUGUAUAUAACGAGCUGUCACCACGACACAUUUUACUGCAGGUAUCACCUUCUCUGGAGCCUCUGUGCUGACCUGGGACUUAGAUACAACUGUGUGAAGCAGAAAACCCAAAAGUGUAUCUUUUACUUGAGGAGGAAUGGUUUGGGGUGGGAGCUGAGGAUUUGUCCUGGUGUGUGGUCAUCAAUCUCACCCACACCCAGUUUCCUCCUUGUGAAUCAGUUGCAUCAUGUGCCCUUACUGUCCAAAUGGCAGACUUAGGUGGAAUCGAAGUUACCUGGUUAGGUAUGUAACUGGACUGGGUUCUCUCCAAGUAGCACCUUGUCAUUUUUACAGAGUGAUGUGCACUAUGGAUAAAAAUCACUCUAUGCUGUGUUCUGACUCUUUGGUUCAGACACUUUUCUAAGGACUCAGCAGCUCAAGUAACAAGAGGUAGACUGGAACUUGUUAAAGCUACUCUCAUUUCUCAGCUGUGUUCUUGUGCAUGUAUUCUGAAGGCAUCUAGGUCAACCCACAAUGGCCAUUCUUCCCGUGUGUGUACCUGGACAACACAUGCUGUUCAGCUAUUUCACCAUGGAUGGCAUCACACCAAACCUGGUAACAGCCAAUACAAACAGUCAUUCACUUUAAAAAAAGGUCACUAUGCAACUUUGAGAAGCAGGUUCCCAGUCUGAUCAACUUCACACUAAGGAAUGAUCCUUUAGCUGUGGUGUAGAGUACAUUAUGAUUCUAGCAUUAGAGCCUGCCCUUGGUCCAUUCAGCCCAUCAAGUCCACACUGACCCUCCAAAGAACAUCCCACCCAGACCCACAUCCCUACCCUAUUCUUGUCACUCUGCAUUUCCCAAGUCUAACACACCUAACCUAAACAUCCCUGGACCCUAUGGCCAAUCCACAUAACUUGCACAUCUUUAGACUGUGCAAAGAAACCAGAACACCCUGAGGAAACCCAUGCAGACACGGGGAAAAUGUGCAAACCCCACACAGCCAGUCACCCAUAGGUAGAAUCAAACCCAGAUCCCUGGUGCUGUGAGGCAGCAGUGCUGACCACUGAGCCACCGUGCUACCCCACCAGUGAAGCUCAUCGUAAAUUGAAGUCUUUGUUGUGAAUCAUUUGAGCGACCUACACCAGAUGGACUACCAUAGUUGCAGAAGCUUUCAAGGACAGCUAUGGUUGAGUAAUAAAUCCUGGCCUUGCCAGUGACACACAUAUCCAGCAGUGAUAUGAAGUCUGCUGAGGCCUAACUCAGUGCUCUACUUAGAACAAGAGCAAAAUCCUGCAGAUGCUGGAAAUCUGAAGCAAAUACAGAAUGCUGGAGAAACUCUACAGCAUCUGUCGAGAGAGAAUCUGGUGCGACGUUUCUUUACAACUUCUGAAACUCUCGACUUUCUCCAGCAUUCUCUGUGUUUGUCCCAAUGCUGUCCUUGAUUUGUGACAGUGCCCACAUGCUGUUUAUUCUUCUGGUUAUUUUAUUUGAGGAGCCUACACUAUUAAUCAAAAGGGAUGCUUGUGAGGGAGCCCGUACGCACAUUGGGUGGAAUUUAAUGCCUUCCCUCGAGGCAAGGUUGGAGGUGGAGGCCAUUUAAUUGGGCUGGAGGGUGGAGAUUGGGAUGACACUGUCAGGAUGGCUUUCCCACCGCAAUGCCAUUGGAGGCCCUUAGGUGAUCAACUAAUGAUCAUUUACAGGCUUUAUCCCAGUGUCACUGGUAUUCAACCAUGAUGUGUGUUUGCUUGCUGGCUUCCAGGGGAGAUGGGUCAUUGGCAUGUAUGCAGGGACCAGCGAUUGGGAAGGUGGUUCCCAUUGAGAGCUAUGCCUCCCUCUUGACCCCACCCUCGCUCAACUAAGGCUUGUGCCCCUCAUCGAUUCCGGGCCUCUGGCGGGUUCAUUGUCUGCACCAUCGCUCCUGGUGGUACUGCCUUCAGUGGGGAACUGUUGGUCCCUUACUAGCUGGCAGUAUUCAGAGAGGCAGGUGAAAUUUUUGCCCUCCCACCUCUCCACCUCAGCUUGAUCUAUUGAUGGCCACUUAAAUGGCAGAUCGUCCCUUAAUAGAGUUUGCCUUCUCCAUAGGAGAUGCUACAGAGCAUUCACCAUCUGCCCAGCCAACAGUUGUGACCCCUAUCACCUGCGUUAUAAAGUCCACUCACUACGUGCAACUGUAACAUUGUCUAAUGUCAAUCCAUCGUAGGGAUCAUUGUGCUAAUUUUCUAUGUCAUUCUGAUCCUUCAGUUAUCAGACGAGAGUGAGCACCCUUCCUGGGAAUAUCCCAUUGACCGAAGUCAGCAAUGGGGAGUGGGAGGGCAGAGGGGAACAGUGUCUACAAUUCCCAGCUCAGAGUCUUGAUGGACACAGCCUAAAAACAGGACCCACGCCUUUCACAAAUUUUCCCUAGUCCUGUCAGUUACUGGAAAGGUAAUUUCUGCAGUCUGCAGAGCCUCGAAUGCUAAUUUUUAAAAACUUAUUGUAUUCUCUUCCUGUUGUUCUAUUGCAUAUAUCGCAUAUUUUAGCAUUUGCUACAGGUCUAAGAAUUGCUACUUGAGGCUGCAACAGUUCCUGUUGUAUUAAGCAGUCUGAACAUAUUAAUUAAACCUCUCUUCCUACAUUCCAAUUAUAUAGGAGCUGUGUUAUAAUGGAUGUUUAUAUCAAACAAGCUGCUGUUACAUUCCUGUACAAAUGAAUGAGAUUUAGAUCAAUAAAAUCUAUGUAUAUGA